AUGGAACAUGAAAAUGGAAGUGGAAGUAAUAAGCAUUUAAGGUUGCAUCUGGGGGCUACCAAUGACAAUGGCAAUUUAGUUAUUCAAGACAAAAUUUCCAGCAUCUCUUCUUCUCAUUCAUCUUCGUCCAGUUCUAUUGCCUCUUCAUCUCCUGAUCAAGAUGCUCUUAGGUCACCUAGAGCAGUACCCAUAUCAUCAUCAGAUUUUUCUCCUCAGACGCCUGAGUGGAGCAUGGUAAGUGCAUCCCCAAGGUCCGGAUCUGGGCCUCUAUUCUCACCAGAAAUUUUUACUGAGACUCCUGAGUUGAGCACCCAAAAUGUGUCCCCCAUGAGAACCCCACCGCUCCAAACAAUGGCACGGCCUUCAAGUUAUGACCCAAAUCGAAUUCCAGCAUCUGUUUUUGCUAGUAAACCUUCAACAAUCAUGGAUUGGAGUGUUGCAUCAAAUGAGUCGUUGUUUAGUAUUCACAUGGGGAAUAACAGUUUCUCUAGAGAUCAUGCUAUUCUAAUGGGAAAGUCUGGAGAACUGACCAAGCUUGACGAGAUGAAUUAUCCUUCCAACCGGCUUUCUGUUACUGAAGCCAAGUCCAAUGAGUUGAACAACUUCUCAUCCAGCCUGCCUCCUGUUAUUGAAGCAACAGCAGACACAGACAGAAAGAGUGUUGAUAUGUCUGAGGACUUGAGAGUAAAACACAAGACAUCUGAGGACUUAAAGAUGGAGUUGAAGGAACAUGUGGAAGUUCAUAAGAAGGAAAAGCCGUCCCCUGCUGAUCAGGCACGUGUUUCUGAUACCGCUUCCAGCAUUUCAGAUGGUAAAGGAACACCUCGUAUUUGUGCAAGUCCCCCUCGCUUUUCUCAUGAGAGUGGUAACAGUGCCAGUUCUUUUGCCUUUCCAAUGUAA